AUGGGCGCCGCCGGCUCGUCGGCUCUGGGCAGCCUCGGCCUCCCCGCGCCGCGCCUCCCCGCGCCGUCCCGGCCCGCCUGGCUCGGGGCGGCCGCGCUGGGACUGGCCGCCGUGGCGCUAGGUACAGUGGCCUGGCGCCGCGCGCGCUCCAGGCGGCGCCGGCGGCUCCAGCAGGUGGGCACCGUGGCGCAGCUCUGGAUCUACCCGGUCAAGUCGUGCAAGGGGGUGCCGGUGAGCGCGGCGGAGUGCACGGCCUUGGGGCUGCGCUGCGGCCACCUGCGGGACAGGUUUUGGCUGGUGAUCAAUGAGAAGGGGAACAUGGUUACAGCUCGACAGGAGCCUCGUCUGGUCCUGAUUUCCCUGACUUGUGAGGGUGAUGCCCUGACUCUCAGUGCAGCCUACACGAAGGACCUGCAGUUGCCCCUCAAGACACCGGCCACGAAUGCAGUUUACAAGUGCAGAGUGCAUGGCCUGGAGAUCGAGGGCAGGGACUGUGGGGAGGCGGCGGCCCAGUGGAUAACUAGCUUCCUGAAGACGCAGCCCUAUCGCCUGGUGUACUUUGAGCCUCACCUGCAACCGAGAAAUUCUCACCAAAUAUUGGACGCGUUCCGGCCCACCGACCAGAUUGUGUACUCAGAUACCAGCCCAUACUUGAUCCUUUCUGAGGCAUCGUUGGCAGAUCUCAAUUCCAGGCUGGAGAAGAAAGUUAAAAUGACUAACUUCAGGCCCAAUAUUGUAAUUUCAGGGUGUGGUGUCUAUGCAGAGGAUUCGUGGGAUGAGCUGCUUAUUGGCGACGUGAUAAUGAAAAGAAUAAUGGCUUGUUCCAGGUGCAUUUUAACCAUGGUGGACCCAGACACCGGCGUCAUGAGCAGGAAGGAGCCGCUGGAGACCCUGAAGAGUUAUCGUCUGUGUGACCCUUCUGAGCAGAAGCUGUAUGGAAAAUCACCUCUCUUCGGGCAGUAUUUUGUCCUGGAAAGCACAGGGACCAUCAAAGUGGGAGACCCUGUGUACCUGCUGGGCCAGUAGUAGGAAUCAUGUCCUAGAAUGUCAAGUACCUUUGAAGAAAUGUCCUCAAAAAUGCCCACACUGGAGGCAAAGUUCUGGAACUGGUACCUCAGCAUUUCCUUCAGGUCUGUGACUUCCAAGCAUUUUGUCUUUUGGACUUCCUGGUGCCUCAGCGCCCCCUAGUGCCUUUGUGCAAGGCAAAGAAAUACAGUUGUGGUAACUUAAGAGGACUUUGGUAAGUCACUUAAAUGACAAGGUAGAAUUCUGAAAACCCCUUGUGUAACUGUGAUGGUGGGAUUCCUGCUCCUUCUUUUACAUUUGCCUGUCCAGAGGGCUAACCUCUAUAAUCUCAUCACCACCCUGUAGGGAAAGAACAAGAGGAAGAGUGGGCAAGUGAGGAGAAUGUUCUGGAAGAAUGUGAUGGAAACAAACUAGCUCCCCAGAUAAGGCUGGAGGGUCACAUCACUUUUCUUCUCAAGCCCUAGACUAGCUUUUGAGAAGGCAGAAAGAGCCUGACCUUCGGGAAACGCUUGAGAUGUUAAUUUUCCUUAGGUCAUCUUGGCUCUGGCACUGUUGCUCCUCAGACAAUGUCCACGAGUGUUUGAUGGAACCUUUGUAGCAUGCGGUGUCUGUGGGCUGGAGAACUGCAUACAUGCCAGGGUAGAAAAUCAACUCAUGAGAGCAGCCUUGCUGUCAGACUCUGAUGUGGAACAUGUGAAAAGCAAGACAAAAGCUUCCUCGCCUUGAAACAAAACACCAAAUACAUCUCAUUAGUAAUCCCAAAGUUUUCCCCACAUAGGAGAGUGGGCAGUAGGACUAGGGAGGGGAAGACCCCUAGUUUGAUGUUGUUUGAGAGACUGUUUAAUGUUGCCCAGGGAAAUGAUGGUGUCCCUCUUGGCAGAAGAGCAAAAAGAAGGGGAAAGGAGAGUGGUGGUGAAUGGUAGCUCAGCCCAUGCUGUGGAAAAGAUUGAUGAAAAUACCUGUAGAUGGGUUUUAAUUUUCCAUCCCUGAACUUUUUUUUUUUUUUAAAGGAAGUGGGGGUAUCCUCCAGGUGCUCUCUGCUUCUCGGUUGUAAGUAUUUGAUUCCCUAAAAGCUCUCAGGAGGGUGGCUGUUCUGUCACAAAGCCCUCCGGGAUCCUUGCUGGUCUCAUCAACUCAUGACCGGGUCCACCUCCUCAAAUUCAGGGUGAGAAAGUUCUGGGGUCCAUGGAUGAGAAGAAAUUUGAUUUUGUGAUUUGAAAUAAACCACUGAAAACCUUUCAAAGGAGAAAAAGCAUGUUCUAGUUCAUUAAAAACCAAGAUCUAAUCUUUCUACUGA